CGUUGGUGUACACAUGUGGACGUGGGGAUGUAUUUGUACGUUUGUUCGUCGUAUACUACACAGGUCUGUGUGUAGGAAGUUGGCAGCACAGGAGCAGCCCUCGGCUCAAGGAGGCGUGGCUGUUGAGUGCCAGUCCCGGGAGUGGCGCACAUCAGGGCCAGUGCAAUAUGGGGCGCGCGAAGCAGCCGACUGCGGGGGCGGAGGCGUCGCAGCCAAAGAAUGCGAAGACCGGGCCGAAAGGGUUGCCCUCGGCGGCGGGGAUCGAGCUGUUUCGCAGAGGUGGUCCAGCCAAGAACUACGUUUGCGACGGCGACGUCGUCAUGGCGGUCCAGCUCUAUUGCUCCGACGGUUGCGUGUACUCGUCACGGUUCUCGGAAACCCUAUUUGGCGGUCAUUCAGUUGAAGUCGUCCAUGCGCCCAAGCCCCCUCUUCAUGUUCCGGAAUGUCGUGAAGGACUUUGCAGAGGCCAAGGGCGCAAUUCUGGAGAACUUGCAGGCCCAGCCGUUUAUGGAGUUUGUAUGCAGUGACAAGGAAGGGAAGGAUGUGGACCGGGUGGGGUUUUGGCCUCAUCGGGCGGCCCUUUUCAAGGACUGCAACGCGUACUGCGUGAAGGACGUGCUGAUGACCAUCGAUGAAGCUACGUCGCGGCGGACGUCGUUCGCAGAGAUGAAUUUCGAGCGGCUCGUGAAGAAGCCGAACCUCGUGAUGUACAUCCCGGCGGAGAUCGAUGUGGAAAUCAAGCAGGACGACGAGAUGUAAUGCUCCUAAACCGUGAAGCAGGGAAGUGGCAGCAAGUUUUCCGUCCUCGAGAUAAUGCCACCGACGUGGCCGUCGAGGAUCGUGGUCAUCGUGGUGGAGAUGGUGGCGAAGGAGGAGACGAACUUGAUCUUCGGAGGCAAGACGAAGCCGUUUCGGAAGUGGUUCAUGGGCGUGGAAUUCCAGGCGGGCGCGGUCCGGCGAGCUCGGCGUCGGGGCCAGCGGCGUUUGCAGCUGGGUCGUCGGAGUUCGGCGAGUACUUCCGCGUGGCGAAGACCGUCGACAUUGGCGCGGUCGCCCCAGCGGAGGAGUUCAAGAGCAUCCUUGCGGACGUCUUGAAGGACAGCCCAGUAGCGUCGGUGCAGGUGAAGGGCAACGCGUUCGACGCGAAGGAUGUGAGCGAGUGGCAGGCCGGCGUGGGUGGAGCUGUCGCACGUGCGCUGGGCCGCGUGGGAGGCGCGCGCUCGCGUAGAGCGGAUUCUGCAGCGGUCGCGC